AUGGUCUCUACACAAGAGCUAUUGGAGCAACAGAAGAAUAUGGAGAAGAUGAUUGCGGAUCGCAUGGAUGAUUUUGAGAGAAAGCUGAAGUCCUCCAACUCAAGCAGGAAGCCAGAGCUUGAUGAUCUCUCCAGGGAUUUCAGCUUAUUCAAGGACUCAGUCAUGCCCAUCCUACGUCUGAUGGACGAGCAGAUUGCUGGCCUGGUUAGGCAGGUGGAUGAAAUAGACACCCAGAGCCGUCAUAAUGCCCUUCUGUUCACUGGCAUUGCGGAGGAGAAGGAGGAGGACCCCACGGCGCUGAUCACACACACUGUUGUCACCAAGCUGGGUCAGUCACAUUUUGAUCGCUCCAGCAUUAUCCAGUGUGUUCGGAUUGGAGGCAUACAGGACCCUGAGAAGCCCAGGCCUAUUCUGGUGAGGUUCUCAACUCCAUCUGUCAGGUCACUAAUAUGGGAUAACAAGAGGGAACUCAAAUCUAGUCCCAUCAUCAUCCGCGAAUUCCUGACCAGGACACGGCAACGCAUCUUCAUGCGGGCCCGCAAGCACUUCGGCGUCAGGGCCUGCUGGACGAGAAAUGGUGCCAUCUUCAUUCAGCUCGCAGACACCAGGGUGAAGGUAGUGUCCGAGCUGGAGUUGGACGAGCUGUGCAGCAAGCACCCGGCGGUGGCAGCGGCCCCCGCUGCUCGCAAGACGCCCGGCACCAAGCCCGCCUCGAAGCCUGGUCCCAGCAGAGUUGUGACUCCAACCACGGCGUCUCAGCCCCCAGUCGCGCAACCUGCUCCAGUAACCAGAACCUCCCGCAAGAGAUUCCUCGCGGAAUUGGAGGCUAAGGAGCGGUUGGCCGAGGCGCAACAGAAGGAAGCACAAGCCGCCGCCGAACUAGCGAAGGUGAAGCUCAUGCGGAUACAAGCGGAGGACUCGUCCGACGAGGAAGACGAAGACAUCGUCGACAAGAGCGAGCGCAUCGAGCAGUGGGUGCAGGAGCAAUCCUCUAAGCCCCCGCCCCCUGCUCUCGCUCUCACAGCGGGCCAUGCAAGAGGCUCGUCCCCCGUGAGGGGCCAGACACAGGCCCCUCCCACCCCGUGGAUACCUACGGAACCACCACGGGUCGUCGAGGCGCCGCAGCACGAAGAGCGCGCGCCUCCCGAGCGCCAACAAGAAAAGUCGUCGAGUGAAGACGUCACGCAGCUCGCCGCACUAUUCAAGAGUGUGCUGAGCGGUGGCGGCUACAGAGAGCCGCCACGGUACAUUCAAGAUCUACCUACGUUCAACGGAAACAGCAGCGAGUGGCUACCGUUCCGUGCGGCCUACCAUGAAACCGAGAAGUACUUCACGAAGAUAGAAAACGUCGCCCGCCUGAGAAAAAGCCUGCGUGGGGCCGCCCUCGACGCCGUCAGCUGUCUACUUAUCAGCGAUCCGAACCCUGUCGUCAUUAUACAGGGCUUGGAACGACGGUUCGGGCGGCCAGAAGCACUCAUACUCAACGAGCUCGACAAAGUGAAGAAACUACCGAAGCUAGCUGAGAGCCCACGUGACCUGUGCAUCUUCGCAAGCAAGCUGGCCAACAUCGUAGCUACGAUCGAAGCACUGAAGAAACCGCACUUCCUCUACAACCCGGAGAUCGAGCGCACUGCAAUAGAGAAGCUCACACCGAUUCUUCGUGACAAAUGGUACGAGUACAACUUCACGCAACAUGGAGAAGAAGCGAACUUGAAGAAGCUGUCCACCUACCUGAACCACGAAGCGGACAAGUGCGGCCCAUACGCCGCGCUCGAGCAGAUCAACAACAGCGCACCUACACCCGUGAGUGCGAGGGAGAAAGCUGCGAAAAAGAAGACGGAACGUACCUACGCCGCCGAGAACACACACAAGGAAGAAGAGGACGGCUGCCCUAUGUGCAAACAGGCUCACAAGUUACCUGAAUGCACGAAGUUCAACGAGAAGACGACUGACGAGCGCUGGGAAAUAGCGAAGCAGAACAAGAUGUGCUUCCGCUGCCUACGUAGCACACAUCGCCGCUUCACGUGCAAAGCGAAGCCCUGCGGUGUCUCCGGCUGCAACCUGCGCCACCACAAGCUCCUACAUCAUGAAGCCGCGAAGAAAGAAGAGAAGCACGAAGAAGUCACCGCGUCCACGACAGAGAAGCCGACCGUCGCAGCGAACAAGAGCGAGCGCCGCCGCGCUUACUUGAAAAUAGCGCCCGUGGUACUUACUGGCCCUCACUCCAGUAUAGAAACCUACGCACUGUUCGACGAGGGAAGCACCAUCACGAUCAUCGACGCAGACGUGGCCAACACUCUCGGCCUCGACGGACCCACUGAUCCGAUGUGGGUGCAAGGAGUCAGCGGCAAAGAAGUUCGACACUCGAAGAGCAAGAAAGUCGACUUCACCAUACGGGGCAAGCACGCACAAGAAGAGUUCAAGCUUGAAGACGCACGCACAGUCGAGAAGCUCGACUUCAUCACUCAGACGGUGAAGAAAGAAGAAGUCGACGACUGCAGCCACCUGAGCGACAUCCAAGAAGAACUCGCCUACGAGGGGGCAUCGCCGAAGCUGCUCAUCGGCCAGGACAACUGGGACUUAAUUGUCUCGAGGGAAGUCCGAGACGGCCGCCGCGACCAGCCUGUGGCAUCUCGCACACAGCUCGGCUGGGUACUGCACGGCUGCCGCACCACACAGAGCAAACCAAUCAACUUCUGCGGACACGUCACGAGCGCUGAAGAAUCAAUGGAGAAAAUGAUGAAGCACUACUUCGAGCUGGAGUCCCUGGGCAUCGAACGCAAGAAAACCGACGACAGAUCCAGAAGAGCAAGCCACGAGAAAACUGGAAGAGGAAAGUCGCCGGCUGCCCGAUGCCUCGAACGCAAGCUCGACCGUGACCCAGAACUCAAGAAGAAGUAUGAAGAGCGCAUGGAGAAUAUGCUGAAGUCCGGAUACGCCGAGCCCGCCACCACACUCCCGACGCAAGACAGAACGUGGUACCUGCCGCACUUCGCCGUCUGCAACCCCGAGAAGAAGAAGAUACGACUGGUGCACGACGCCGCAGCGAAGUCACAUGGACGCAGCUUGAACGACAUGCUGCUGACCGGCCCCGACCUGCUUCAGUCACUCCCUGGGGUGGUCAUGCGGUUCAGGCAGCACCCCUACGCAGUCAGCGCGGACAUCAAAGAGAUGUUCAUGCAAAUACGCAUCAAGGAGUGCGACCGAGACGCGCUGCGCUUCCUCUGGCGCGGCGACCGGCGGGAGGGUACACCAGACGAGUACCGCAUGACGUCCGUCAUCUUCGGCGCAUCAUCAUCACCGUGCACAGCACUCUUCAUCAAGAACAGAAACGCCAGAGACUUCGCCGACACGCACCCCGAGGCCGUCCGAGCAAUCGAGAAGAACCACUACAUGGACGACUACCUGCAAAGCUUCACGUCGGUGGAAGAGGCCCAGCACGUCACGAAGACAGUCGACGAGAUACAUCGACAAGCGGGCUUCGAACUACGCGGAUGGGCAUCGAACGAGCGACGAGUACUACGCGAUCUCGUCACCGACGCCGAGACAGCUACGAUCGACAUCGGCGGGAGCGAAAUAGAGAAAACACUCGGCCUCAUGUGGCACGUACACGAAGACAAUCUCGGCUUUCGUCUUAACACUCAUAAGACGCCGGCUGAAGUGCUACGAGGGGACCGUCCGCCGUCGAAAAGAGAAGCACUCAGCGUGAUCAUGUCGCUCUACGACCCGCUCGGCUGGAUCUCGCCCGUGACUACGCCGGCCAAGAGAAUAAUGCAAGACUCAUGGCGCUACGGGACCAGCUGGGACGACCCUAUUCCCGAGGAACUACAGAGCAGAUGGCACAACUGGCUGUCCAACCUACGAGCGCUACGAGAGCUACGAAUUCCGAGGUGCUACGACUACGAGCCGACUGCUACGCGAGAACUACACACAUUCGUCGAUGCAAGUGAAGAGGCAUAUGUCGCAGCCGCCUACUGGAGAAUACAACGAGCAGACGGCAGCGUGAAGAUCACACUAGCCAUGGCGAAGAGCAGAGUGGCACCAAUCAAGCCUACGUCGAUACCGCGGCUGGAACUACAGGCUGCGGUACUCGGGACUCGCAUCUCGAACACAACUCGAUCAGAACACGAUUAUGAAGACAUCACGAGAAGAGUGUUCUGGAGCGACUCAUGGACGGUGCUGGCGUGGAUACGAGCUGAGCCACGCACAUUCAAGACCUUCGUCGCUCACAGGCUCGCUGAAAUAGAAGAGUCAACAAAGAAAAGCGAGUGGAGAUGGGUACCUACCGCUGAAAAUGUCGCCGACGACGCAACUCGAGCCACGCCGCACGACUUCGACGCGCAACACCGCUGGUUCAACGGGCCCGAGUUCCUGCGGCACGCUGAAGAACACUGGCCCACGGAGAACAGGGAAGAAGUACCCAAGACCGGCGAGGAGAAGGAGAGCUGCGCCGUCGUGUCGCUCGGACACGCCCACCUGCCGGACAUCGAGCGAUUCUCGAGGUGGACACGACUCAUACGUGUUACCGCUCGAGUACUACAGUUCGUCAGCCUGUGUCGUGCCAACAAGCACGCCACUCACGCCGCACGACGCAAGAGAACAAGAGAAAAUGCACCUCAAGACGGCGAGUGGAAGAACACAGCAAGAGCACCGACAACGAACACGAAAAAGAAGCACGAAAACACUCCACGAAGAAAGUACAAGACAGUCGCGGCGGAACACCUAAUUCACGCCGAGCGACUAUGGAUCGAGUUUUCACAACGAGAAUGCUUCGACUUCGCGCACACUGGUACUGAAAAGCUGAAAAGCUUAAGUACCUACACCGAUGACUACGGGAUACUUCGCCUGAAGGGACGCAUCGCUGCCACCGACGCCAUCAAUGAAGAGACGGCGAACCCAGCUGUGCUAGAUGGAAAGCACAGAUACACGAGGCUGUACAUUCAACAUGUACACGAACAGCUGCACCACGGCGGGACUGAAAUAGUCGUGAAUGAAUUACGACAACGGCUGUGGAUAAUCAAGAUAAGACAGACUGUGAAGAAUGUCGUGAAGUCGUGUCUCACCUGCAGAAUGAAGAAAGCGAAGCCGUCCAGCCCCGCCACCGGAGACCUGCCUGCAGCACGCCUGGCCCACCAUGUCAGACCGUUCACCUACACGGGUCUAGACUACUUUGGCCCGCUCGAGGUGACUGUGGGCCGACACCGAGAGAAGAGAUACGUCGCACUCUACACCUGCAUGACUACGAGGGCUGUGCACCUGGAGGUAGCGGCCUCACUCAGCGCGGACUCCACCAUCGCUACGCUGCGCCGCCUGAUAGCCAGGCGCGGCUGUCCGACCGAGCUGUGGAGCGACAACGCAACGGGCUUCAAGGCUGCCGACAAGGAGCUCACCGAGGCCGCCACGGAGGCCCUGCAGGAGGAAGCUGCGCGCCGACACAUCAUGUGGCGCUUCAUACCGCCCGCCUCACCAUUCAUGGGCGGGGCGUGGGAGCGGAUGGUGCGCACGGUGAAGGAUGCCCUGCGAGCGACGCUGCACGAGAAGUACCCCAGCGACGAGACACUCAGCACCCUGCUGGCUGAGGUGGAGAGCACCGUGAACUCCCGCCCACUCACUCAUGUGGCGGUGAGUCCGGACGACCCCGUGGCUCUCACACCGAACCUGCUGCUCAUCGGGCCCAACUGCCACGUGCCGACGCCGGGGACCUUCAGUGAAGAGGACGACCACGCACGACAGCACUGGAGACGAGCUCAACGGCUGGCAGACGUCUUCUGGCAGAGGUGGAUGCAGGAGUACCUACCGCUACUCCAACACCGGCGGGAGCCUCACAGCACCGGCAGCCAACCGAAGAUCGGCGACCUGGUCAUCGUGUGCGACUCCAACAACCCGCGCAACACCUGGCCCCGAGGACGAGUCACAGCUGUCCAUCCAGGGAAGGACAACAUCGUGCGAGUCGUCGACAUCACUACGAGCAACGGGCACGUGCUGCGUCGACCAACGAAGAGGAUCGUCGUGCUGCCAAUAGAAUCGCAAGAUAGCGACGGCGGGAGAAUGUUCACGACGAAAAUACCUAGGCUAAGAAGAUUAGAUUAA